AUGGAGGCUCCAAAGGUUGCUGUCAGAGAAGUUGCCCAGAUCCCCAAGAAAAAGAGCAAUUAUUUCUACCUUAUAUUAGGUGGUGUUGUUUUUCUCAUCAUCUUAGGAAUAGCAAUCACGUUUUAUUUGGGCGUUCUGCCACUUCCUCGUAAGCCUCAGUUUAUCCUCGACGAAGCUACUAUCGGUGGCUUGAAAUUUUCAGAUCCAAACUUGCUAACUUGUAACAUGCAGGUCACUUUAUCUGCAAAAAACCCUAACAUCAAUUAUGGGAUAUUCAUUGAAAAGCUUGAGGCACGUGCAUUCUAUCAAAACCAACAGAUUACUGUAGCAGCUGAGCUGCCUACGAAUUACGUAAGUCCCAAAACGGUCAACGUGUGGACUCCCUUUUUGUAUGGCAAUGAUGUACUAAUUCCUCCACAUGAAGCUGCUAAUUUGAUAGUAGACUUGAAUGCUGGCAACUUGCCACUCGAAAUCAAGGUUGAUGGGAGUCUGAAAUGGAAGAUUGCAGAUCGCAUUUCAUAUCUCGUUUUCGUUUUCUAG